UCAAUUUGAAACCGCGUGUAGAUGGUGCCCUCAAAGCGGCCAAAUAUUAAAUCAGCCCAAAAAUGGCUGCGAACAAAACCCAUGUGGAUUCUGUCGUUGCCGAACGUCGGUUACGUCCAAUUUACGAUUGGCUGGACAAUGGCAACUACAAGAAGGCCAUCCAGGAAGCUGACAAAGUGCUCAAAAAACAGCCGGAUUUUUUGUGCGCCAAAGUAUUAAGGGCUCUUGCUUUUCUCAGAAAUGGCAAAGAGGACACGUGUGACUCGAUUCUGGAGUCGGUGCGGUCAGAAGUUCCUGUCGACGAACCAACUCUGCAAGCUAUGACCAUAGCUUACAGGGAAAUGCACCGCUUCCAAAAUAUAUGCAGUAUUUACGCCAAUGCUGUGCAGAAAGAGCCAAACAGUGAAGAUCUGCUGACGCAUUUGUUCAUGGCUUACGUCCGAGUGGGAGACUUCAAGAAGCAGCAGCAAACUGCCAUGGCUCUCUACAAAAUUCGAAACAAGAAUCCUUAUUACUUCUGGGGAGUCAUGUCAGUGGUGAUGCAGACGAGGGAGGUGCCUGAGAACAUGGCACGCUCCGUGGUUCUGCCCUUGGCAGAACGGAUGGUUGUUAAAAUGAUCGAGCAGGGAAAAGUCGAAGCUGAGCAGGAAGUGCAGCUUUACCUCAUGAUUUUGGAAAUGCAGGACAAAAUCAAAGAGGCGCUGGAUGUGUUGAACGGGCCUCUGGGUGAAAAAAUCGUGUCUAACCUUGGUCUGGUGCACACAAAGAAAGCCGCUCUUCUGGCCCGUCUCGACCGCUGGAAAGAGGCUCACAUGAUGUACAAGAAACUGCUCAGAGAAGAUCUAGACAGGUGGAAUUAUUACCAGGAAUAUUUCAAAACUUCCAUGAAGCUUUGGAACAAAGUGGAAAGCGAGAGGACGAGCGAAGCUGAGCAUAGCAGAGAGCAAACAGAUAAACUGUGGCACAUACCAGACGUCUGUCCAAAAGAAAUCGCCGAAUUCUUGCAAUUGCUGGCAGACAUCAACCUUGAGCAAGGCUCAAAGAUGUUCAGAGCACCCUUUUUGGCCAAACUUGAGCUUUUCAGGUUUAUGACGGAGAAAGAAUUGAAUCCUGAAGAAUUACUUGGAGACGUCAUGGAGCUUAUCAAUGACUACUUUGUGCCAUUUGGAUCAAAACCAUGCUGUUUCAGUGAUUUGCAAAUCUACUUGCCUCUUGUACCUAGCCUCAGGGCGAGUGAGUUGAUGAAUAAAUUGUCAUUGUCGUAUGAUCUCACAGAAAACCAACUCCCUGAAAACAAAUACCAAAUGCAGAGGCACAUCAACCUGACGAAAAUCAGACGAAGCCUUGGCCUGCAGGAGAAUCUCAGCAGCGAAGACAAAAUUAGUCUAGUCAAAGAGCUGCUCCGGCGGUAUGAUCACGGAGCUUCCAUCGAUCAAGUCGCCAACCCCACAGAUUUUCCAAUUCACGACGCGUAUGUUCUAAUCGCGAGUCACAUUCUGCACGAAAUGAGCAUCAAUGAACAGAAAGAGGACAAACUUGUCGAGGCUGCAGCCAUUCUGGAACAUGCGCUCAAUCACAGUCCAUCCAAUUUCCACUUUAAGUUACUUCUGCUCAAAAUUUACUCCAUGAUUGGAGCAGGAAAUGCUGCCCAGUCAACGUAUGAGUUGCUUGACAUCAAGCACAUGCAGCUGGACUCUUUGGGCUGGUUGCACUGCGCACACCUCUCUUCCACUGGCCUCGUGUCCUUAGCAUCAGCGCACUGCGAAGCAGCCCUUAAAUUCUUCUCUGCCAACUACUCAGAUCAGAGUUUAGACCAUCUUACCUACUCUUACAAGUACGGAUCGUUCUUGAAGAUUUCCGAGUUUGUAGAGUUCCGUGACCGUCUGCACAAUUCCCACCACUACACAAGAUGCAGCGUCGAGCGGAUGCUCAGCGAGCUUCUCAUGCCUUCAACUCAUGAACAAGCUUUAGAAGCAAUAGGACGUAUGGAUAUUACGCCAUCGGAUGACAACAUAGCGUGGGAGAAGCUGCGAGACAAUCGAGACCUGGAUGUGAUUAUCUCAUUCGACCCAAAGAAGAAGCAUCUGACCCCAGAGCAAAUGGAGCAAACGUUCUUGCGGGAGGUGGAGGUGAUCAAACUGCGCCGACUGCAACUGCGCUGUCUUGCCGCCGCCUUUGACCUCUUAAAACCAGCCUCAGGGGACGCGAACGGCAGCUGCGACGAUCUGCUGCCGCGCCUCAUCAGCGAGCUUUCCGUGAUGAAUCUGCCGGCGUUCCCAGCCCCCACCACAGAACUGAACUACCCGAUCAAGUCGAGGACAGACUUCAUCCAUGGCUCCAGACAUCUGCCCGCCUUUGUCCGCGCUCUGCAGCUGGCUUACCAGCUCUCAGAACUGAGGAGAGACCCGCAAGGCAACGAUGCGGCCGCGCUUAACUCCAUGACAAAAGUGACUGAGGAAAUCAGUCAGGUCUGCAACGAAGCUGAGGAAUCUUUAGACAACGACCACAGUCUUCUGAUGAGACGCAGCGCUCUAGAAACGGCGACUAAUUCAUUUGAGACGCUUAGCUUUUUGGCACUGCUUUGCGGAGUUUACAAAAAUCUCGUCCAGCCAGCAGCAGCAGGACCUUCGAAAAAGGGCAAGAAGAAGAAAGAAGCAACCGACCAGCCGCAGCCAAAGCUGAUCGAGAGUCUGACGAAGCUGGCGAAGCACCUGAAUGACUGCUGCAGCAGGCUGCUCGAGAGCGUCGGUCGUUGGGAGGCUCGAGUGGCGCUGGUGGACAAGUUGAACGAGCACUUGUGCAAGUGGUCGUUGGACGAGGCCGAGGAGAGCGACCGAGGCGGCGACGAGCAGAACAAGCGGCGCGACCAGAUGGUUGUGGCGGUGGUGGCCAAGCUCAGGCACAGUUACAUGACUUCGGCGAAAGAACUACAGAACUUGCUUUCCCACAGAUGCAAACACUUUGAGGCCUACAUUUCCUAGCUGCGGCCUUUUGUUCUCGCACACUUUGUUAUUAAUUAUUCGAGCUAGAGGCCGAUUAUUUGGACAUCAGCGCGCGUGCCUUUGCCUCAACCCUAUAAAAAGCGGAUAUCUUCUUUCAAAGUGUUGGUUAGGACUGUUUAGAUUUCAUCUCCUCGCUACCAGUGUCUCUUCUUCUUUGCAUUGCCUCACUUGUGUAAAGUCAAAACAUGUGCAUGAAAUACAACACAGUCCAGCAAUGACCAAAAUAUUUUUCUGAGAGGACUCAAAUUCGCGUCACUUCUAUUUAAUUAUUGGAAGGUUUCCUCUGGCAAUAAACAUUGUUCUAAAAACUGA